GCCGGGAAGCAGCUGGAGGAGGGCCGCACGCUCGCGGACUACAACAUCCAGAAGGAGUCGACGCUCCACCUGGUGCUGCGCCUGCGCGGAGGCAUGCAGAUCUUUGUGAAGACGCUAACCGGCAAGACGAUUGCCCUCGAGGUGGAGGCAAGCGACUACCAUCGAAAACGUGAAGGCGAAGAUCCAGGACAAGGAGGGCAUUCCACCGGACCAGCAGCGUCUGAUCUUUGCCGGGAAGCAGCUGGAGGAGGGCCGCACGCUCGCGGACUACAACAUCCAGAAGGAGUCGACGCUCCACCUGGUGCUGCGCCUGCGCGGAGGCAUGCAGAUCUUUGUGAAGACGCUAACCGGCAAGACGAUUGCCCUCGAGGUGGAGGCAAGCGACACCAUCGAAAACGUGAAGGCGAAGAUCCAGGACAAGGAGGGCAUUCCACCGGACCAGCAGCGUCUGAUCUUUGCCGGGAAGCAGCUGGAGGAGGGCCGCACGCUCGCGGACUACAACAUCCAGAAGGAGUCGACGCUCCACCUGGUGCUGCGCCUGCGCGGAGGCAUGCAGAUCUUUGUGAAGACGCUAA